CUGUGCUCUGAAGUGUUUCAAGUUGUAAUCGGUGUGGGGACAACACAUCAAUUGACAGUCAUGCGAAGGAACUUACUCGCCACCUGACAGGCCAACGGUUCGGACGAAAAGUCAUUCAUACAUCAAUGCGUUUUCCGCGUAGAGUCGUAAUCCACUCGGCUGCAGUUGUUAACUAGUUCAAAAUUUCAAGCUGAAUCCCGAACAUCACCUUUUUUCGUCACUGAUUUGGUGAAUCUGUCUAAAUUUCGUAAAAUCUAUUUUCUCCAAAAUCCGCUGGGAGAAGUCAAAUCACGGAUUUGCUCGGUGACAGUUCUCAACCGACUUUCGUUCGUCCACAAGCCGAACGACUCCGAUAGACCUCGAAAAUCCCAUUUGGCAGAAGAGCCGAGGACUGCCACCUUUUCUUCCCAGCUGCUACGUUGACCGAUCCGCGGCUCCGUCCUUGUCUACCACGCGGUUUCAGCGCGUGCUUAUGAGAAAGAAAGCUGCUGAGUUCAUGCACGAGCGAAUUCGCCACGGUUGAUUUUUCGCCUCGUUCUCGUCAAAGUGACAGUAGUCUUGUCAAUCGUCGUCGCCGCGCACAGUGUAGUGUGAAUAAAACAGAGACGAAGAUAGCGCGAGUGUGAAAAGUUAGUCGUGAAUCGUGUAUGGAAAUUAAAUUGUCGCGGAAAAGAUAGAAGACCUGGGACCGAGGAAAAUCAGCGAAUCGAAUAAAAAUUUUGUGUAGAAUAGCGUGCGUGUCUCUCCUAGUUGUUCGUCGCGUGUGUCGUGAUCAGGGGUGUGCAGUAAGACGAGAAACGAGCCCGAAAAAAACGCAGCCACCACGGUAGAAGUUACUCAAGCCCCAAGCAGGCGACCAGCGACAAGGCAGGCGACCCCAGGAACGACUUCGGAACAGUAGCAGGAGUUCAACCCGAGAAAAAUGUCCACACCAGCGCGUCGACGCUUAAUGCGAGAUUUCAAAAGGCUUCAAGAAGAUCCACCAACUGGUGUUUCCGGUGCACCAACAGAUAAUAAUAUUAUGAUAUGGAAUGCUGUGAUUUUUGGUCCACACGAUACACCAUUCGAAGAUGGAACAUUCAAAUUAACAAUAGAAUUCACUGAAGAAUAUCCAAAUAAACCGCCAACAGUACGUUUCGUGUCGAAAGUAUUUCAUCCAAACGUUUACGCAGACGGUGGUAUAUGCUUGGAUAUAUUGCAAAAUCGAUGGAGUCCCACAUAUGAUGUAUCUGCAAUACUUACAUCUAUACAGUCGUUAUUAAGUGAUCCAAAUCCAAAUUCGCCGGCGAAUUCAACAGCCGCUCAACUAUACAAGGAAAACCGUCGAGAAUACGAGAAACGAGUGAAAGCUUGUGUAGAACAAAGUUUUAUUGAUUAGCCGCCGUCUCGUCGUUAUGUCGUCAUUUAUUGUCGCCAUUACAAUAAAAUAAAACAGCAAAAACAGAAAACAGAAAGUAACAAGAACACAUAAUAAAUUUAAGAAGAUUAUAAGAAUCACAUGGAAAACAGAUGUUAGAAGUUGAAGGAGAAAAAAAUAAUAAAACAUUAGAAAAAGAGGAACAAGAAGAAAUAUACAUUUCUCUACUAUUACUACAACUAAUUGUACACCGCCAAAAAGCCACAACAACACUAGAACAAGAAACAAUCCACACUUCCAGUUUACCCUCUCUAUUUUCCCCCUGUCAUCAUAAACUAUUCGAAGGAAACCACAACAUCUCUUACUUAUUACUAAAUAAUAUAUUUAAAAAUAUAAAACUACAAAAUAAAACAACAAAUAAAUGAAAUUAUCAACCGCCGUGUAAUGUAUAAUUUUAGAGUUUCUUUUUUUAAUCAAAUAGUAGAAAAUAUAAAACACAAAUUUAAAACAAAAGUAAUUCUAAUUGCGAACUGUACAUGUUACCUUUAUUUAUCGGUCUCGUUGCUGCCCCCUUUCACCCAAGCAAUCAAGCCUUCAUGAUAAUUACUCUAGAGCUUUUCCUUAGAAAAUGUUCAAACGUGAUCUUUUGAAAAGGUCACGGUGUAUAUUUAACUCGAAAUUGUCGUUGCUACUUAGGAAGCAAGAAAGAAACCUGAAAAUUACACAAACGAAAAUUAUUUCUAGUCCUCAAAACAAGAGAAAUCGAGCAUCACCCUGUGAUGGACCCUAGGAAACUUUUAAUAUUUCACAUUUUUAUCUAUAAGCGACCCUUUUUCUUUCAUGAACACUUGCUGAACGUGACGUGGAAAUAGUGUUUUUGUGUCUGUUCAUUAGAGUGGCUAUUCCUUUCUCAUUAUUUGGCGACAAAAUCAUAUCAUUAUAUGAUAAGUAUUCGCUUUCUAGA